AUGGCAGGGGUAAGCAGCUGCAUGAAAUAUUCCAUGUUCUUCUUCAACUUCAUCUUUUGGGUGUGUGGUGCCAUUAUUUUGGGAGUCUCCAUAUGGAUUCGUGUUAACAAGAAUGCUCAGGAGGAGUUGGAGAUAGAUGGCAGCCUCUUUGCAGGGGUUGAUGUGCUGAUAGCUGUGGGCUCCAUCAUCAUGGUCCUUGGGUUUCUGGGGUGCUGUGGUGCCAUAAAGGAAAGCCGCUGCAUGCUGCUCUUGUUUUUUAUCGGACUGCUUCUGAUCCUGAUCCUUCAGGUCACAGGAGGUGUGUUAGGAGCAGUGUACAGGUCACAGAUUGAAGCAUCCCUCAGCUUGACUCUCCAGGAGAGUGUGAAAUCAUUGCAAAGCACUGCAGAAGACACUAAAGCCAUUCGAGAGAACUUCCAGAAGUUUGAGGAGAUGAGCCAUUGCUGUGGUUUGCUGAAUGGACCUGCAGACUGGGGAAAUAAUUUUAAUGUUCCUCUUGGUGGCCACAAAGUCUGUGAGUGUGAACAAAAGGACUCAUCAACAGACCUCUGCACCUAUUAUCAAGGCAGAUACAUUUAUAAAAGGACUUGUGGAGAAGUGAUUACCAAAUACCUUAAAGACCAUCUGCUGAUAAUUAUGGGGAUUGCCUUUGGACUGGCUGUUGUUGAGAUUCUUGGUUUGGGGUUUUCUAUGAGCCUCUACUGCCAGAUAGGGAGAAAAUGAA